UCAUGGGCUUCGUUCAUCACACUCUGUAUGUUGUUGAGAAAUAUAUAUAGUCCAGUGACUCAUUAGAACUGUAAAUUGUAUUACAGUUAGUAUUACUGUGUUCUCACAUUCCCUGUAUUUAAGGAGUUCUUCUCAGACUAUGUUUAAAAAAAAUAUAUAUAUAUAAACCUGAAUUGUUUUACUGUUAACAUGAUUUGAUGCCACAGAAGCGUCUCCAGAUCCUCUUUGUGUGUUUGUCUCGAUGGUGGCUCUGUGUUUACUAGCUGCUGCGUAAAUAAUGUAUGUGAAACAACAAAUAACAUGUUAAUUUUUAACUGCACCACUUUAUUUGUCUCUACUGUUAUAAAGAAGCAGUUAUAAAGUAUAGAUGUGCUGUAAUUCAGCAGCUGUUUUUGAGCAGCAGAUGAUUAAUAUAGUCAACUCAGCUCAUAAAUCACAUUAGUUUUACUUUAUAGUCUUUUUAAAAUUAGCUCUUUACAUGUAUAAUGGUUUUGAAUGGUCUUCUAUUUUUACUUUAUAUAUUUGCGUAUUUAGCCAUCUUUAGUUUGUGUUCAGUUUUCAAGGCUUUAAUGUCACCAGAAAAGCCUUUUAUAGUAAAUCUAGAGGAUCGAACUAUAAUUGUGUUCUUAGUGUGAAUUAAUGUUUUCUUCAUAUGUGUGUCAGCAUCCUUAAUAAACACUUGAGCUCUGAAUACAGUCGCGCACAUGAACAUGCAGUUUAUUGUCCUUCUGUAACAUUUGACAUUUCCACUAUUAUUAUUAUAUUAGAUCAUUAAUAAACGAUGAUGUGAAAUCAAUCGAGUGAUUCAGGGUCGUUUCAGUUUUCGUUGAGUUUUGAACGACACGCCACACAUUGUCUCAGUAAAUUACUCGCCUCAUUUAAAAAUGUGAGAAUGUAGCCUUUUAUCCAAUAUUCAAUAUUUUUAUCCAAUAUUUUUACAUAAUAGAAAAAAGCGCUGCAAACCACUUCCGCUCUGGUGUAAACAAUGCUAAUUUUACGACAUCCGCGUUUGUUUACGGCAACGAUCAGUCGGAAGUCUGGUAACCAGGGAGACGUCUGGAGACACUGCGGCCGGCUUGAGAAGAGCGACUCCAUGGAGGUCCGUGAUCCGGUCCUGGAGCUGAAGGACGUCCCUCCUCCUCCUCCUCCUCCUCCUCUUCCUCUCCUCCACAGUACCGGUUCUCCACCGUGUCUCGGGCCGGGCCGCCUCAGUGUAAGCGUGUGUUCCCGCUGUGAGGCCAGCAUCCAUCUGCAGCAGGGUUGUGGUGAAGCGGGUGGAGGCUUUCCUCUGUGUUUCUCUCAGACAAACACCCUUCCUCACGCCGGGUCUGUGGGAGCGCCCUGCUGCGGGGGUUUGAGGCAGCAGCACACCUGUGCCCCGCCGGGUGUCUGUCUGUGCCACAGAGCGCCCUCUCUCUCUCACGGUGACCCGUCCUCACCCUCUCACCUCUGCUCUCUGCACCUGAGUGUGGGCCGCGCACCGCAGUGUGUGAAGGGCGUUCACUGUUUGCAGGACUGCUGGAGAAAGAGUUUACAUGUUGACUCGGAGAAGGUCUGGCCGAACAUCCCUCCUCCUGUCCCUGUGUGCAACGGCUGUGGUGUGACGGGCGCAUCGUCUGACGGUCUGCUGGGGGUCCAUUUCGGCAAAGCCACACAGAAAUACGGUCCUCUGGAGACUGAAACACUGCCGCCCAUCGGGGUGUUCUGGGACAUCGAGAACUGUGCGGUUCCCAGCGGACGCUCGGCCGCGACCGUAGUGCAGAGACUCCGAGAGCGUUUCUUCCAGGGACACCGCGAGGCCGAGUUCAUCUGUGUGUGUGACAUCAACAAGGAGAACAAGGCCGUCAUCCAGGAGCUCAACAACUGCCAGGUGACCGUCGCACACAUUAAUGCCACUGCCAAGAAUGCAGCAGAUGACAAACUGCGUCAGAGCCUCCGGCGAUUCGCAGAGACACACGCCGCUCCCGCCACAGUCAUCGUUGUCUCAUCGGACGUGAACUUCGCCAGUGAGCUGAGUGACCUGCGGCAUCGACACGGGUUCCAGGUGAUUCUGGUCCACAAGAGCCAGGCCUCGUCUGCCCUGCUGCAGCAUGCACACCUGCGCGCCGCUUUCGAGGAGUUCGUCUCAGACCUUCCUCCUGGGAUGAUCGUCAAAUCUCAGCCCAGUUUCAGCCUUCUGUUUGUGCACCGCCUCCCCACGCACCGCGACGCCAAAGCAGUGGCCAACCGGCUGCAGCGGCUCUCCAAUAACUGUGGAGGGAAGGUGUUGGGUGUGUCGGGCAGCUGCGCCGUGCUCCGGUUCGCCAGCACUGAUGCAGCCGAGCGCGCCCGCAAGCGCAUGGAGAACGAAGACGUCCUGGGCCACCGAAUCGUGCUGUCCUUCUCUCCCGACGGCCCGGAGGAGGAAGAGGAGCGCCGGCCUCCUGCCGCCUCCUCCUCUUCGGUCUUCCUGCCCGUGGAGAAGCCGCACUCGCCCCGUCGCCUGCGGCGGGCAUCUUGCUCAUGCCAGGGCGGAAGCCACGCCCCCGAGCGCCCGUAUAGUCCCAGGAGAGCAGGCCACGCCUCCUCAUGCAGCCCUGUGAUGAAAUCCCUCCCCCAGGCUGUGAGUGCUGUGACCCGACCUGCGACUGCCUCUCCCCAGAGUCUCCCCGUCCUGUGUGCUGCCGUUAAACCGGUAGAGCCGCCGCAGCGCAGCCGCAGGCGGGACUCUCCUGGCCAGAUGUUUCAGGUCAGCACUCCUUCAGCAUUCAGUAAACUAAGUUUGCAGCGGAACCUCAGUCCCAUGAUGCUCUCUCAGAGCUCAUGGUCAUCACGGAGCGCGUCCCCCUGCCUGUCGAACCGUUCGUCUCCGCUGACCGCUCCGUCCCCCAGCAUCUGCACAGAUGGCCUGGCCGAGCCCUUCUCUGAUGGAGUGGACGUUCAGGUCACUAAUCUGGACUACAGGAUGUCACGCAAGGAUCUGCAGCAAAUACUACGAGACGUGUUUGCUAAACAUGGCAGAGUGAAGAGUGUGGAUUUGAGUCCUCACACUGACUAUCAGCUGAAGGCGCGGGUUCACAUGAGUUCGCUCCAGCAGGCCAUCGGCGCCGUCAGUCUGCUGCAUCGCUAUAAAAUCGGCAGCAAGAGGAUUCAUGUGUCUCUCGUCACCGGAGCCAGUAACAAAUCUCUCACCUGCCUCAGCUCCGAGAUCGUCAACAUCCUGCAGGACGCACCGGCCAACUGCCUGCCUCUCUACAAGUUCACAGAGACGUACGAGAGGAAGUUCGGUCGUAAGCUGGUGGUCAGUGAUCUGUACCGGCUGCCGGAGGUGGUGUGUGUGCGUGAGCAGGGCGGUGGGCGGCUGGUGUGUCUGCUGUCCAGCACUCAGGCUCGGCAGAGCCCGCUAGGAUCCGCACACUCUCACAACAGCUCCAGCACCGCCAGUCCUGUUCUGUUCGAGGAGCUGGAGUACCACGAGCCCGUCUGCAGACAACACUGCACUCAGCAGGACUUCAGUGAGUCUGAUUUUGAUCCGGAUUCUUACGUGAUCCCAUUUGUGCUGGUGUCUCUAAAAGUUCUGGCUGCUCAUGUCCACAGUUUACUGCAGAGUCACGAGGGAACGGUGCCACUGCUCAGGUAA